AUGAGCAAAAGACUUCCUAUUGUAAAAGUCUUUGUCAUGAAGGUAGAUGAGCAAUGGAAACAAAUAAGCAGAGGACAAAUUUCCACCAAAUACAUCGAACGGCUUCAGGGUGUGUGCCUGCUCAUUCACUCAGAGUCAGAUGGCUCUCUGCUAUUAGAGUACACAAUACAUCCAGAUGUGCCCUAUAAGAAACAAUACAAGCAUUUAAUUAGUUGGCCUGAAGCUAAUAACAGCACUAUGACAAUAUAUUUCCCAGACCCAGAGUGUUGUCAAAGUGUCUGGGAAGAUAUCUGCCAAGUUCAACAUAAAGAUCCAAAUGUACAAACAUCGCAAGACCCUGCAGUUAACUUAACUAGUUUUCAUGAAGUGCCCCAAUUCCAGUAUGUCUUCCAGGAACCCACCUCUGAAUGCAAUAUGCUUGAAACCAUUGCAGAUUUGCUUAUUAUUGUGAAAGAAUCUCCAAGCCACAAGAAAUGCCUGGCACUGCUUUUAGGAAAAUUAGAUUACAUUAAAAAAUUGCUUCUGGUGUUCCACACUUGCGAAGAUCAAAAGAACAUGGAAAGCUUACAUUUUUUAUGUAUCAUUAUUAAAGGACUCUUCUUUUUCAAUGAUGCACAUUUGUUUAAUACCAUGUUUUCUGAUGAAUGUAUCAUGGAUGUAAUAGGAUGCCUUGAGUAUGACCCUAGUUUGGAUAAGCCAUAUCAGCACAGGAAAUUCUUGGCUGAAAACGCAAAAUUUAAGGAAGUUAUGCCAAUAACACACUCCAAACUUAGGCAAAAAAUACACCAGACCUACAAAAUGCAAUAUAUCCAUGACAUUCUAUUACCUAUACCAUCCAAAUUUCAUGAGAAUCGUCUUUCUGAUCUUACAGCUUCCAUUUUUUCCAACAAAAUAGAAAUAGUUACCAUGCUGCAGGAAGAUGAAACGUUUUUGCUUGAAAUUUUUGCCCAGUUAGAAGAUAACAUUGUAGGUGAGGAAAGACGGUGUGAGUUGUUAUUUUUCCUUAAGGAAUUCUGUGAAUUUGCCAUGACCUUAAAAGUUCUAGAGAAAAAGGCAUUAUUGAAAACAGUGAUAAAGCUUGGAAUCAUGAGGGCUCUGAAAGUUUCAGUAUGUAUGCAAGAGCAUCAAAUAAAAGUAGCUGCUGUAGAUAUAUUUACUUAUAUAGUAGAAUAUAAUCCACAAAUAGUCCGACUGUAUGCAGUGGAUGAAGCUCAAAACAGUGAAAAUAAGGAUGACCUUCUCAUCAAUAUAAUGAUCAAACAAAUCAUCUGUGAUCCUGAUCCUGAAUCUUCUGUUGUUUUAAGUUUGACAGCAGUUCUCCGUAGUCUUCUUGAUCCAGAAAACAUGUUUAUAACAGGUAAUGCAUCUGAAAGAAGUAAAUUUAUGAUUUUUUUCUAUACACAUUGCAUGGAUAACUUAGCAGGACCAAUUUUGUCUAUCACAGGACAAAAUGAUGGUGAUGAUAACACAGUCAACAUCUAUUCUGAUAUUGACCAAAAUGUACAAUUGCUUGGAGUAGUUUUAGAAAUGCUCAGUUUUUGUGUAAAGCACCACAAAAUUUAUAUUAAAAACUAUAUUUUGAAAAACAACUUGCUCAGCAGAGUCCUGGUGUUGAUGCAUUCAAAGGACACUCUUCUGGUUUUGUCUGCUCUCAGGCUGAUGAGACAGAUGAUUGGCCUUAAAGAUGAAAUUUAUAAUCUUUACAUAGUGAGGAAAAAUCUUUUUAAACCUGUUAUAAGUUCUUUACUUCGUAAUGGAAGACGAUAUAAUAUGCUAAACUCAGCUAUUAUUGAACUAUUUGAAUUUAUAAGAGUGCAAAACAUCAAGUCUCUUAUUACAAACAUUGUGGAAAAAUUUUAUAUGGCUCUUGAUUCAAUUGAGUAUGUCCAGACAUUUAAAGGAUUGAGAUUUAAAUAUGAAGAACAGAAGGAACAAGAAAAUAAAGUAAAAAGAAAUUUACAUGACAUGAUAUACAAGAAAUUACACUUCAAGCAUAUGAAAGUUGUGGAGGUGGAUGUCAAGGAAGAAAUGUGUCCUAGAGUAGAUACUGGAGCUGUUGUGCCAUUGGGAGAGGACUUGCAAAGUUCUUGUGACACACUUAUGCAACUAAAAGAGACAAGUGAAGACGAAGUAGCACAGUCAGAAGAAAAGUCAUUUGAAUUUGACUGUUCAUCUCAGUCUGAGGCUUCUGAUAGAGAAAUGAGUAGUCCAUCACAGUGUAGCAAGAGGAUUUCUUUAGUGGACUAUUCUGAUGAUGAAGAUGACGAUGACAGUGAUAAUCAGGAUGAUGAAGAGGAAAAAGAAGAACCUCCCCCAAAAAGACCUAAUCUAGGUUCAUAA